AUGGUAUGCACUGCAAACAGAGGGCGUUUGGUAAAAGAGAACGGCACCCUUGGGCUCACCUCCAAUGGAGAUCUUGUGUUGAAAGACGCGGACGGCACUCUAGUCUGGUCUACAAACAGAUUUUCAAACGUUUUUCAAGGGAUGGUGAUGGAAGAAUCAGGAAACCUGGUGCUUCUCAACAGCUCAAAUGGAACCCUGUGGCAGUCUUUUGACCAGCCAACUGAUAUCUUGCUGUCAGGUCAGAAGCUGAAGGUGGGACAGCAGCUUACUGCAAACGUUUCUCCAACUAACACAAGCAAAGGUAAGUUUUAUGGAUCUUUGGAUCGGGAUGGUUUUGCUCUGUUAAUCAGCUUUGCCAGCCCAAAAUCUGAGACUUUAGCAUAG